GCGUCUCAGCUAUAAAGUGUGCGCGGGCAUGACCGCCGCAGUGGCGCCCGUGUGGCUCCUGAGCCAGCCCGCACUCGGCACCUGCGCACCCCUACUCCUCCAGGUCCCCCCAGCGCCGCUGACCCCGCCAUGCCGAGGGGCUUUCUGGUGAAGCGAACUAAACGGACAGGCGGCUCUUACCGGGUGCGCCUGGCGGAGCGAGGCUUCCCUCUGCCGGGACCCCAGGUGGUGCUGCCCUUUCCCGAGGGGGCUCCCAGCUCCUCUCUGCCCAGGGUGGAGCCGGAGGCGCCCCCCACCCAGGAGGAGCCGGGAAAGGGGCCAGAGGAGGCAGCCUGGGCACUGUCGGGGUCGCCCUGUCGGGCGGCUGGGGUGAGCCCGGGGGCGGGCGGACGGGAACGCACAGAGUGGAGGGCGGAUGGCCGGGAGGGUACCGGGCCCAGCCCCAGCCCCGCGAAGCCAGCGGGCGCCGAACUGCGCCGGGCGUUCUUGGAGCGCUGCCUCAGCUCGCCCGUCUCCGCCGAGUCCUUCCCCGGGGGCGCCGCGGCCGCGGCCGCUUUCUCCGCACCGACCCCGGGGGACCAGUUCCUGCUGCCGCUGCGGGCACCAUUCCCAGAGCCCGCGCUCCAGCCGGACCCCGCACCCCUGUCGGCCACCCUGCACGGCCUGAAGCGCCGCACCAAAGUACCUCUGGGUUGCGCGUCCGGUCUCUCGGCCACGGGAGUCAAGAAGCCAAAGGCCAUGAGGAAGUUGAGCUUCGCAGAUGAGGUGACCACAUCGCCUGUCUUAGGCCUGAGGAUCAAGGAGGAGGAACCCGGCGCGCAGCCCCGGGGCCUGGGGGACAGCCGCACGCCGCUGGGGGAGUUCAUCUGCCAGCUGUGCAAGGAGCAGUACGCAGACCCCUUCGCGUUGGCCCAGCACCGCUGCUCCCGCAUCGUGCGCGUCGAGUACCGCUGCCCUGAGUGCGACAAGGUCUUCAGCUGCCCCGCGAACCUUGCCUCCCAUCGCCGCUGGCACAAGCCGCGUCCGGUGGUGGCAAACGCCACCGUCUCCUCCGCCGACGGGAAGCCGCCGCUGCCCCCGCCUUCAUCCUCCACUAACUCCGGGGCGGCAGAGUCUUUCCUGGCGGAGGGGAAGGAGAACAGCCGGGCAGAGCGGACCGCGGAUCAGCACCCGAGGGCCGCGGACAGCUCCACGCAGGAUCAGCACCAGGACAGCGCCCCGCGCCAGGGCCUCCAGCUGCUCGUGCAGCCGGAGCCGUCGCUGCCGCAGGCCCCUUACACCGAGCGGGUGCUGGGGCGCCGGGUGCCCGGGCCGGGCGGUGCCAGCGGCGGUGGGGGCGCCGAGAUCUUCGUGUGCCCAUACUGCCACAAGAAGUUUCGUCGGCAAGCCUAUCUGCGCAAGCACCUGGGCACUCACGAGGCGGCCUCGGUUCGCGCGCUCGCCCCGGCCUUCGCCUGCCCGUUGUGCGGGGCGCACUUCCCGUCUGCAGACAUCAGGGAGAAGCACCGGCUGUGGCAUGCUGUCCGCGAGGAGCUGCUCCUGCCCGCUCUGGCCGGGGCUCCUCCUGAGGCGCCGGGCCCAGGCGGGGCGCCCGAUGGGAGCCCUCAGCAGAUUUUCUCGUGCAAGCACUGCCCGUCCACUUUUUUUAGCUCCCCGGGGCUCACCCGGCACAUCAACAAGUGCCACCCCUCGGAAAGUCGGCAGGUGUUGCUGCUGCAGAUGCCACUGCGGCCUGGCUGUUGAAGGCUGAAAGACGUGGAAGAUGUCUAAGUUGGCCAUGGAGAAAACAGAUCAUGAGGAUUUCUGCGGGGCUUCCUUCGGCUUUCAAGUUUACUGUCUUGACUUGCCAUGUUUUCUCUCCUAACACUCCCAGUAGUCAGUGUUCCGCCAGAAGAGCGGGCAGCAACGUGUGAGCUCUCUCUAGAGCAGGUAUGUAUAAGGAAUCAACAUUCGCAGUCAGACCGUCAGCUUUAAGUCCUCCCCCACUUUCCCACUGACAGCAUUUCCCGCCUUCCCCUCUACCCCAGACUCUGGAGCCCCUAACAAAUUCUGAUUUGUAAUUCCUAUGGAAAGUCGCAGUGAGUGCGUGCAUGUUUCGGUUCUUCAGAGGGUUCUGGCUACCAAAAGUGGUAGUCACCAUUUUUUUUUUCCUCUCUUGCCAUCACAGGCGCCUAUGUAGUUUCUGUCUCUGUAGGGUCAGAUAUUUUACACUGUAUAUUCUGUGAAUUAUGUGAUUGGUGCCAAACUUACAUGGGAACCAGAUUCAAGCCAUGUGUCCAUAGCAGGAAAUGUAAGAGCAUAUUUGCUGCAUUUGGGAGUGUAGGGCUCUCCCUUGGAACAUUUCAUUUUCACAAUUUUCUGUACUGGUCCACUCUUGAGUUAGUGUUUGGAGGUGGGGAGGGUGCUCCUUUACUGGAAGGGGUUGAGACACUCCCAUAUUGCCAUCUUCAGCUGUUUUGUGUGCAGUGUUGAGGAAGAAACUAUUUAAAACCUUUCUUUUAAAUAGUUUUUUGAAGUGUAGAACUCCUUUAAGUUUGGUUGUUUCAUUGUUUCACCCCAACUGUUUAAUGCUUCUGUUGUAAAUCUUACGCUGUAUUAUUUACAAAACUAUGUUCAGUUUAAGGAAGAUGUUAACAUCUAUAAGCCACUGUGGAACUGAAUCACAAUUCACUCAAUAUUUACUAUUUUCUUUUAAGCGGCAACUUAGUUUUGAAAUUUCUUUGUAAACCAUAUUCAGUGUACAUUCUAUACUCAUGCCAGUUUGGGACACUGAGCGCACUGGCUGACAGCUCAUAUUUGUAAGAUGCUUACCACCAAAUAAAUAUAC